AUGUCGGGGGUUUGGGUUUUCAAGAACGGUGUAAUUCGACUGAUCGAAAAUCCUCAAGCUGAUUCUGAUGGAAGGCUUGGGAACUCGAGACGAAAGGUACUGAUAUACUUGCCGACAGGCCAGGCUGUGUCGUCCUACUCCUUGCUACAGGAAAUCCUCACAUCGUUGGGAUGGGAGAGGUACUAUGGAGGUGAUCCAGAGCUGUUUCAGUUUCAUAAACGCUCGUCUAUUGACCUUAUUUCUCUACCCAAAGACUAUGCCAAGUUUAACUCCGUUCAUAUGUACGACAUAGUCAUUAAAAACCCUAAUCUCUUCCACGUUCGAGAUGUGUGA